AUGCAACGAGCUGUUGUCGACAGGAGUGGAAAUGGCACUUCUGGUGCUACUGAUAUACCCGGCUCUUAUGUGGUACGAGGCAGAUCUGUUGCUGAUGGACGACCUAAUGGUAGAAUUACAGGAUGGAACCUUGCACAAGUACGUGUAAGACCUAUUCUGAAGAAGAAAGCAGUCUCCACUGAAGACAGAGGAGAGUUGCUAGUGAAGAAAUGGCAAGCACAACUAGAAGCUGCCAGUACUUUCAAGGACGAUGACAGCAUGGUCAGCGAUGGAAGCUUGAACAUGCAGAUCUACAAGUCGACCUCAAAGAUGGAUUCAUUGAAGCACUGUUCUCAAUGGACCAAAGACAACAAGAAACCUUUCAAGACCAAUGGAAGUAAGCACUGGGAUAUCGAUCUUGGUGUUCAUCUUGAUUCUGGAUCUACGUUCAGCCUACGAAUGAACGAAGAUUACGCCAAACCGGGCACUGUGUCUGACCUGGAUUACAUGUUCAACUACGGUACAAACACUGGCCAACGUGAUCUGCACCAGCAGGUCAAAUCAAGUAUUAUCGAAGGACACACUUGCUUGCUUGAUACUGAAGCGCAAUGUAACCUCGAUAGUCUAUCCGAGCUUGUGAAGCUUGGAUUCCGUGUCGUUAUGGACACUGAUAUUGGAAACUCCUUCAUUGUUACAAAGGGGGAACAACGAAUGAGAUAUUUGCAUCGAAACGGAUUGUAUACUUUUGUACCCGAUGGUAGGGCAGAAAGUGAUGAGGGAUCCGAAUACUCUGAGUGUGAAUACAGAGAAUGCAGAAAUUGUGACUGCGACGCGUUUGGUGUCGCACACACUGAAUGCCAUAAAUGUGGUGUUAUUUUCUGUGGUAGAAUUUUAAAAAUUAGCUAUUCCGAUUCCGAUUAUUGUGGCAUACAGACGGUACGGGAGAAUAUCGAGGGCUUCACUGAUAAACAAGUUGAGCGGGCUAAUCGCGCACGAUCAGUGUAUCAUAUGGCUGGUGCACCAGGCGUGCAAGCGUUUCGUAUUGCAGUAAGAUCUGGUUUGUUCAAGAACUGCAAUGUGAAUGAAGAAGAUGCAAUCAUUGCUGAGAAGAUAUCUGGACCUGGCUCUUCGGUCCUAAAGGGGAAGACGAAGUGUCCCACACCUGAAGGAGUGCGGGAUGACUGGAUAGAGAUACCCAAGGAGUUAUUAAUGCACAAUCUGAGUGUUAUGUUGCACAUUGAUCUUGUUUUUGUUAACAAUUCAUUCGGACUCACGACCAUUGAUGGAAGUGUGAGGUACCGGUGCUACGUACCCUUGGCUUCACGAUCCAAAACGGCAUUGUAUGACGCAAUCGAUAAAUGCUUUCGACUAUAUAAUGCACGUGAUUUCACAGUGGAGAAGAUUUACUGCGAUGGGGAGUUCCGUCCGGUAUUUGAGCCCGUGAAAGACGAACUUGAAGUUCAUAUGAACUACGCCAGCAGAGGCGAACAUGAUCCGAAAGCGGAACAAAAUAAUCAACAUUUAAAAGCACUGUUUUGGGUUCACUUUCACCGAAUGCCAUUCAAGGCGAUUCCAAAGAAGUUGACUGUGGCACUUAUGACAAGAGUCGCAAAAAUAUCCAACUACUAUCCGGCAAAAGGUG